AGGAGGCAAACGCAGCAGCGCGGCAUUAGCUCGAUGAAUCAAUGAAUAGAUAACGCUGAAGCUGUCCUGCCGUUUGCAACAAAGGACAUUUAGCUAACAUUUUCUUGUUUGUGCUAGCACUUUAGCUUCCACUAGGUCUGUCGCAAGCCUUGACAGAAAGACAGCUACAUGCAUAUAACGUAAAGCUAACAGCAGCAGCAGCAGCACUGUCAACAUCAGUAUGGCACACUGGAGCACCUUCGAAAAGGAGACAGAGAGAGAAAUCAAGAAGUUGAUCAGUUGUAUCAGCGGGAUUGAGGAUGAGGAGGACCAGAAUUUUCAGCUGGCAUUGAAAUUCGCCUGGUCAAAUUUUAGGUUUCAUCGUUACCUGGACGUGGACAGCCAUAAAGUCCAACGCAGUAUAAAUGGAAUCUAUGAAAAGCUCAUGGUCCACUCAGACUUGAGUAAAGCAGAAAGCUGGAGGAGGCUCACUAAUGAGUUCCUGAACUCACCUUUACCUAAUACAGAUGGAACAAAGACUGAUGUGCACCACGGCAUACUGUCACUGCUCCUCUCCUUGUCGGAGUCCCCCUCCAACACAAACUUCACUGAGAGACCCAGGGUGAAGGAGGCCGAACAAGAGGACAACUUUGACUGGGCUAAAUAUCUGAUGGAGGGUGAGGACAUAGACCUUGGACCAUAUCCAGAUACCCCUGAAUGGUCUGAGGAGGAGAGUGAGGAUGAGGACAGCCAGCAGCCAAUCAGCAGGGAGGAUUCUGGGAUCCAGUUGGACAGAACACCCCAGGAAGACCAGGACAACCCUAACAAGACAGUUGCAGUCACAUGGACGGUGGGUGAGCCUGAUGCCCGGGCCUGGCUCGAACAGCAUGUAGUGACACCAUACUGGGUGGCUCACGCGCCUCGCUUUCCUCACAGCUUGCAUUUACACUCCAACUUGCUCAAUGUGUGGGAUCAACACUUGUACAACACUGAUCCAUUGUAUCUACCAGAAGAAAAAGCCUUUGUCACAGAGACCCAAGUAAUACGGGAGACACUGUGGCUUCUGUCUGGAGUUAAGAAACAUUUUAUAUUCCAACAUCAUGAUGGAAAAGUGUCAGUAAGGAAUAACGUGGUCGUAACUCAUCUGACCAGUAACUGUCUGCGAUCUGUGCUGGAGCAUAUCGCCGUGUACGGCCAGGCGGUGUUCAGGUUGCAGAAGUUCAUAGAUGAGGUGACGGGGUAUAGUUCAGAGCCUUGCCCACCCGGCUCCAGUUCCUCCUACAGCUCCAAGAAGGGCUCCGAGCCUCCCUUCAGGACCUAUCAGGCCUUUGUCUGGGCGCUCAACAAGUACUUUACCAGCUUUAAAGAGGAGCUGACCACAAUUGAGAGAGAGAUCAUAUGCAAUGAUGAGACGGUGACUCUGUCUGUAGUUCUGGAGCGGCUCAGCCCUCACCUAGCACAGAUCAAAGUGCUGCACAAAGUCUUUUGCACCGGGGUCGCUGAAGUCCCCCCCGAGACUCCGAAUGUCGUGCGGGCUUCGCACUUGCUCAACACCCUGUACAAGGCAAUCAUUGAAUAUGACAGUGUCGGGGAAGCUUCAGAGCAAGCUGUGGCUUUAUUGUUUUCACUAUGGACAGAGACAGUCAGACCAUAUCUGGAGAUUGUGGAUGAAUGGAUUGUUCAUGGCCACCUGUUUGAUCCUGCCAAAGAGUUCAUCAUCCAGAGGAACAAAGAUGUCCCGGUGAACCACAGAGACUUCUGGUACGCCACCUACACACUGUACAGCGUGUCUGAGACGGUGGAGAACGAGGAGAAGCUGAGCGAUGCAGCCAGCGGCAGCUCUGGAGGCGAUCAGGGCAACAAGCAGCUCACCAUGGUGUCCUUCCUCAAGCCUGUCCUCAAGCAGAUCAUCAUGGCUGGGAAGUCCAUGCAGCUGCUCAAAAAUCUGGACUGUAAGGAGGUUGAGCAGUCAGAGAGAUCCUCCAGAGAUGCAGAGAGGAAGAGUUUAUACGCACUGUUUCUGGAGUCAGUGCAGUCACGCCUCUGCAGCCAAGAGGAAUCUCCGACAGACACAGUGACUGAAGAACUGGCCACUAAGAGGAGCCUUAUAAAGAUGCAGUCCAUCAUUGCACAGCAUCUGGCGAUCGAUCAUGUCCAUGAUCCAUUGCUGGCCAUCAACUUUGCCAGACUCUACUUGGAGCAGAGUGACUUCCAUGAGCGCUUCUCCGGAGGUGAUUUCAUCGUGGACCGCUCUUCUCAGUCUGUCACCUGCCAGACGUUUGAGCUCACGCUGCGCUCUUGCCUCUACCCGCACAUCGAAAGACGGUAUAUCGAGUGCUGUGGGAACCUAAUGAAGACUCUGAAGAAAGACUACAAGCUGCUGGAGUACCUCCAAGCUAUGAGGAACUAUUUCCUGCUGGAAGCCGGAGACACCAUGUACGACUUUUACACCGCCAUCUUUGACAAGGUGCAGGAGAAGGAGAGCUGGCAGCAGCUGUCUUUUCUCAACGUUCAGCUGCAGGAGGCAGUUGGACAGCGCUACCCUGAGGACAGCAGCAGAUUGUCAAUAUUCUUGGAGACCAUCGACCCUGCUAGGAAAAAACACCCUGUAAAUAAUCUAGAAGUGCUUACCCUCAGUUACAAGGUUCCCUGGCCUGUUGACAUUGUGAUCAGCUCAGAGUGUCAGAAGAUCUACAAUCAAGUGUUUCUCCUCCUGCUGCAGAUCAAAUGGGCCAAAUACAGUUUGGACACACUUCGAUUCAAUGAGUUCACAAACAUCACUAAGAAACUGGAGGGAGCUUUGGCUGAGGAAGUAAAAGUCAAAGAACCUAUAAAUCAACAGAUUCAUCGGAUGUGUCUGUUGCGGGUCAAACUGAUGCACUUUGUCAACAGCCUUCACAACUACAUCAUGACCAGGAUUCUGCACAGCACGGGACUGGAGUUUCAGCACCAAGUACAGGAAGCAAAGGACCUGGACCAGCUGAUCAAGAUCCAUUACAGAUAUUUAGCAACCAUUCAUGACCGCUGUUUACUGAGGGAGAAGGUCAGCUUUGUGAAGGAGGCAAUAAUGAAGGUUCUCAAUCUAGUCCUCAUCUUCUCUGAACGAUGGCAAGCUGGAUUUGGAGCCUGGAAGAUUGAGUCCAUUGAUAAAAUGGAGUCAGAUUUCAAAAACUGUCACAUGUUCCUUGUGACGAUACUCAAUAAGGCUGUAUGUCGUGGCUCCUUUCCUCAUCUGGAGUCCCUCGCGCUCUCUCUGAUGGCAGGGUUCGAGCAGUGCUGAAGAAUGCGUCUGCUUUGGCGCGAUCGGACUGAAGUCCACUGUUUGUUUCUUUGUCUCGUUACUGUCUGUUCUCUGACUGCUGUCAUUGUCCUGUGAUGAUGUGCAACAUAUGAUGUCACUAUCUGAUCAGACUGUCGGAGACGGACUCGGACUGCAUGGCAUUGGAGGACAAUAUGUGUCUUUUUGGGGCCGUAGUCAAACAAGCUGCUUGUGAACACACAGCACCACACAUCAACUUAUUGUAAAUAUUGAAAAAAUUGUACUUUUUGUAAAGGUCUUUUUCUACGAGCUGUCAUGUUGAUUGUUAAUAAUGUGUUAUAUAUAUAUGAAGCACAAUAAAUCUUGCGCUAUGA